ACAAUUCCCGCCUCUCUCAUCUGAUUGGCUAAUUGUACAAUCCGAAGCCAAUCCCCAUAUACUAGGCUUUCUCUGCUUGUAUUUCUCACCUGCCCCAGGCUACUUCAGAACCACUUCAAGGAGAAGGAGUUCAAGAUAAACACAUGAGGUGUGUUAUGAGCAGCUGCUACACCUGAAAGAGUGUUGCUGGAAGUGUUUUUUACUGAUAGUGAAAAUGAGGAAAUUAUCUUUGGACAGCUCUUUCUCAUAUGCCGGACCAACAGAUGGAGCAGGACUUCUUGGUGCAAAAGGAGGCAGCAGCAAAUUAAGUAGAAAAUACAAAUCAAGCCUGUACCUGGAGGAUGCCCGGAUGGAGACCCAGGAACUAAAUCGCAGCCUCAGUAACAGCCCCUCCAUCAGGGAACAGCCCAUAGCAGAGGAGAACCUUGAGCGACCAGACGGACUCAUCAGCAGCAGUAGUAGUUUCAAAAAGCACAACAAAAACUUUCGCAAACUCUUCCCAGAGAUUCCUCAGGCAGAGGAACUGACACACGCAUUCACCGGUGCCUUGCAGAAGGAUGGGCUGUAUCAUGGGAAAAUCUAUAUUUCUGGACAUCAUGUUUGCUUCCACUCAUCCAUGCUGCUCAAGGAAACCAAGGUGGCGAUAUCAGGAUGCAGUGUCAGUGAAGUGAAGAAGUACAACUCGGCCUUAUCCAUGUUGUCAAUCAAGACGUCUGACGGAGAGAAGUACUCCUUUGUGUCUUUGAGGAACCGUGAGCUGUGUUACAAUCUCAUCCAAAAUAUCUGUUCAUAUGCAAAGUGCCUGAAACAGGAGGGGAGUCCAAAUAACAGCCCUCAUCUGUCCUCUGCAGAGAAUGAACCUGAGCAGGACAUCAUGGCCUCUGGUAAUUCCAGCUUAGAGGACAGCGUGGAUCAUGAUCUGAGCAGACAGAACAGCAUCACUCUUGAGAGCAGCUUUCCUCACAUGUCCAGCGAUGGUGAGAGGAAGACCGAAGAGAAAACCGCUCCUACCAGGACCCAUUCUACACAUCAUGUCAGCGCAGCAGACACAGACAGUCAAGCAGGGCAGUGGAUUUGGAUGAUCUUGGAGAGAGUUGCACCGUUCCUCUUUGUCAGAGGAAUGAGGAACCUGAGCACUCUCUUCUACAUCUACCUGACACUGAUGCUGUUGCUGCUGGUGGCGUCGGGGUACAUAGGACUGAGGAUCAUCGCACUGGAGGAGCAGCUGAACUCUCUGGGAACCUUGACGGAUUUGGCUUUGCGACGCAGACCGUACCAGGAAACGUAGCCAGAGGCACUCAGCUGUGAAAAACAAAUUCUUCAAAGAACUCAUGCCAUCCACCACACGAUUAAGAUCCUUCUGCACACAUUGAUCCCUGUCUAGACAAACUCCCCAAAGCAUCUGAGUAGAUAGGCCGACUCUAUCUGUCACAUGGCACUUUUUUACUGAUAUAUUUUGUCUUCAUCUAUGUAAACAAGCCAUAAAUGAACCCCCUGUGUUAGCAUCAUGUCCACAGAGGAUGCAGGUCAGCAUUAUAAGACGCUCUUUACAUUUGAACACGGCCACAUGUGGAGAACAACGUGAAGGACUGGCUGCUAUGUCCGGGGAAGUGCCAGGACUGUAUUUCAGUUAGCAGUGCAAUCAUUUUGUGCUGACAGAUAAAAAAGAUGAUGCAAUUUCUCCAGCAAUGGGCCAUAUGGAGGCAGCCUGCUGAAGCCAGGUUUGUUUCCUGGCUGAUGAACAGCUGAGCUCAGCUAGCAGAGGUUUCUGGAGCGUGGGAUCAACAUGACCUGAAUCAGAGAGAACAUCAAAGAGUGCAUCUUUAUAAUAAGAGGGUGAAAAACAGUCCAGCUUCUUGAUUUGAAAUUAUUUGUGUAUUGUAAAAUGAGGGCUAACUACUUGGAUACUGUAUCAUGACGUUAUUCUAUCUACUGUAGCAACAAUAAUCAGCCAGCAGAGGGCAGUGUGUCACAUUAAUGCAGAUUUGACUUUGACUCUUUUUAAGGUGGGGAUUCUUCUUCAAAUUACAAAUAAAAAAAAUAAAAAAUCUGCAACUCAUCUUU